CCACGCAGCUCCGCGUCGCCGGUCCGAGUCAACGUUCGAACUCGUUCGCGUACGUAGUACAUUUUGCGAAAACUCGUUUCCGCAUCGGCCUCGUAGCUCUCUAUCCCUUAAAUUUCUUUCGGCUCGACGUUCGUGCCCCCGUGUCCGGCGUCGUUUUCGUGUACGCGCCCGCGCCCGCGCAGACUACACCAGUCUACUCGACAUCGACCGUUUCACGACGUCGCGUCUUCUCCUUUUCUCGUUCAGGCUUUCGGCUUUCUAUCCCCCUUUCGGUUCGAUCGCUGCCGCGGUCCCGCUUUCUCUUUCUCCUCCCAUUUCUCCUAUCUUUCGAUUCCUGUAUUUCUUCGAAGUGUCCUGUACAGAGAAGAGUCGGCGUUGUCCGACUUUCCGCGAAACGAAACCAAUUGUAAGCGAAGCGAAACGGAACGGACGGCGCGUCGUCGUUUCGGAACGGUGCUCGAACCAGAAGGGACGCGACGCGAUACGACGCGCGACGCACGCCGCCAGCUACUACGUUCGUCCUCCCUUUUCGCGCGUUUACCAAUCUUAUCCGCGAGUAUAGACAUUAUUUUAUGGAAGUGAUGCCGCAUUUAUCGCGUCGAGGAGACAUUCGUUGAAUCGACGAGGAACCGGUUCGGUCGUCCGAUCCAAACGGAAACGAAUAUAAAGGAUGACGUUAACCUGCAGCGAAAUAGUGUCCUUGGCGGUGUUGGCGGUGAUCGGUCUAAGGAUUUUACUCAGAGUCGGCGUGCUCGUAUGGAGAAAACUUAUCGCGCCCAGUUUCGGUUUGGGAAUCGAUCUGAGGUCGCAGGGCAGAUGGGCGAUAGUUACCGGUGCCACCGCUGGAAUCGGGAAAGCGUACGCCGAACAACUCGCGGGAAAAGGUCUGGACGUUGUGUUGGUGGCGCGGAACGUGGCCCAGCUCGAGGAGACCGCGGCGGAGAUCAAACAACGAUACAACGUUCAGGUUCGAACCGUGGAAGCGGACUUGACCGAAGGCGAACCAAUUUUUGCAAAGAUCGCUAAAGCAACCGAAGAUCUCGAGGUUGGCGUCGUCGUCAAUAAUGCCGGAGCCAGCUACGAUCAUCCGGAACUAUUUACCGAACUCACGGACGAGCGUGUGUCGACCAUUUUGCGAUUAAACGUGACAGCCUUGACGGGUAUUACGCGAAUAUUUCUUCCAAAAAUGUUCGAGCGCAGGAAAGGAGUGCUGAUAAACCUCAGUUCGAUAUUGUCCUACAUACCGAGCCCUUAUCUGUCCCUUUAUGCCGCGACCAAAGCUUACGCGAUGAAGCUUAGUUACGAUUUGGCUGCGGAAGCUGAACCGAGAGGGGUCACCGUUCAAUGCGUGUCUCCUGGCAUCGUAGCGACCAAAAUGUCGAAGAUCAAGAAAGCAACAUGGAUGGCGCCCACCCCCGAGAAAUACGUCGAAGCGUCGUUGAAGACCGUCGGCAUCGAAGUGUGUACAACCGGUUAUCCCAUUCAUUUCUUGCUCGCUGCCUUUGUACAGGGUUUGUGUUGCGUAUGCGAGAAGGGUACUAUUUGGCUCAUCUCGAGGACAUUGUGCAAUUUGAGGGCACGCGGUUUAAAAAGCAAGGAAAAGAAGAUGAAAAGUAGCGAAUAACAUUCCGUUUCCGUCGAAUGAUUUUUAAAUUUCUUCGGAUUCGAUUCGAAAAGUUGAUUCCACCGUUGUACAUCUGUGUUUCACGCGUAUGCUUCCAAAUGUUUUUUCGACGAAUGUUCACUAUGUUAUUUGUAUACGCGUGCGUAUGUAUACACGAAUAAUAUAAUGUUAUAUGUUAUAUGUUAUAUCGUUGUAUCGUUAUACACCUCGUAACGGUAAAUGUUGCCGAAUGAAAUAAAAAAUUACGAUAGUCAGCUUUCCAA